CUUAUAGACGGACACAUUUUCUAGGUUAACCGUGCUUAAGCAAGGUCUUCCUUAGUUUAAAUAAAAUUUUCUUGUAUUUUCAUUAAAAAUGGCGCCUACGGUUACAAGAAUCGACGCGGCUGGUAAUACCCAGUUGGGUGAAGGUCCGCACUGGGAUCCUGUAUCAAAAACUUUAUAUUUCGUUGAUAUCGAGGGUGGGACUAUUCAUAAGUAUUGCCCAGCUACCAAUUCAUCAACUAAAGCUUCUAUUGAUGGUCAUGAUGGCCGCAGUGUAUCACUCAUCAUUCCGGUUAAAAACCAGCCGAAUAAAUUCGUGAUUUCCGUUGACCGUGACUUGGGCGUUGUUACCUGGGAUGGAAAAUCAACGAAAGUUUCAUUUGAGAAAAUCGCCGAGGUGGAUACAGCUGCUGAUGUCAUUGGGAAUCGUAUCAAUGAUGGCAAAUGCGACGCUUCCGGUCGUAUCUGGUUCGGGACCAUUGGUGUACACGAUCCGAAAACAAUGAAGUUUUCAGAGAACGCGUCUUUCUACUCUCUGCACGCUGGAAAACCGAAACAUCACUUUGGUGAUGUGACUAUCUCUAAUGGUUUGGUUUGGAACAAGAAUAAUACUAAGUUUUAUUAUAUUGAUACACCUACACAACGUGUCGAGGUGUUUGAUUUUGAUUUAGCAACUGGAAACAUUUCAAAUCGUAAAACUCUCGCUGAAUUACCCAAACUUGGAGUUAUUGGCGGUCCAGAUGGCAUGACAAUCGACACAGAGGAUAAUUUAUGGGUGGCUGUGUUUGACGGCGCGUGCGUUUUGCAAGUUUCGGGUAAAGAUGGUAAACUUAUGCAGAAGGUGGACAUUCCUGCGAAACAAAUUACAUCAGUUGCGUGGGGUGGUGACAAUCUCGACGAGCUCUAUGUGACAAGCGCACGACUCUUCGAUCCUGCUUUAACAGCGCCUGUUCAUGGUGCGGUCUAUAAAAUUACCAACACAGGCUUUAAGGGAUUCCCGAUGAACGAAGCUGUUUUGUAAACUUAAUCACAGUUCUGUGAUACAAAUAAAUAUUUUUUUAAA